AUGCGAUGCAUAUCACAGCUCAAGAUAAGUCGCUUUGACGCCCUAUUCACUCUGCAUAAUUUACGUUAUGGUGUCGCUGAGGCAUAUGCAUUCACUGAUAUAGCUAGGGAUUCCAACAAGUCUAUUGAGAGUAAUACAUGUGGCUUUAAGACAUAUGAUAUAAAGGUGGACCUUUUGGGUAUACUAGAUAGGAGGAUAGAAGAGAUAUCCAGAGUGAGUAGGGGUAUGAGUGAUGGUAGGAGGAUGGACUACCUCAAGGGUGGUAUGCCUGCAUUGGACUUUCAUGGUUCCCUUAUGGAUCUCCUUAAUACCCUAUAUGAUGCACAUACCUAUUACCAAAGCCCACUUACUAUGUUCACCUUUGUUAUCCCUGUUGGCUUUAGAGCAUCUUGUUCGCCAUGUGAUGGUAUGAAUAAGAAUCAGAAGGUAUACCUUAGGGAGGUAGGACUAGAUGUAGAGUAUCGUAAAGUGUUCGGUAGAUGGCCUACCCUUCAACACUAUAACUACCUCACUCCUAUUGCUACUAUCAAUGGGUAUAACGUACUAGAUUGGAUGGAGUCUAUGGUAAAAGGGGUCCUUAAGGGGGUCCAUCUUGGUCUCAAUCAACGACUCAAUGAUUGGUUCUUUGUGAAGGAUGGACCCAUAUAUGUACCAUUGGCAUGGUAUCAUGUUGGUAGUAGUGAUAUUAAGCCCUUGAAGGUAGUAUAUGAGGAUGGUGCCUCUGAUAGCAUAGAGUGGAUGGGCAAGUUUAUUGAUCAUAGUAAGGGUAUGAGCUCUAUGGGAGUUACGGAUGGUCUUAGUUGGAGGGUCUAUAACUCCCUAGUAAACAAGAAUGAUAAAUUUGAUUAUGUCGUAGAUAUGGAGAAGGAUAAGUUCGGUAAGGAUUUAGAUACCCUACUUGAGAUUGGUAAUAUAACUACUGGAGAUCCUACUCUUGAUAGAGCUGUGAUAGAGGUUCUCAACAAGAAUAGGAGGCAGGUGACUGCUGUUGAACAAAUUAAUACUAUGGAUGAUAGGACGGUGACCUCAGCUCUGGCUGGUAUGGAUAUGAGGAGGCCUCAUACUACUACUAGCAAUACACAUCAGCUAGUGAGAGGGGGUGCAACAGUUGUUGAUAAGGAGGUUAUAUGGAAGGAGGCCUUAGGGGGUAUACUCAAAUGGAGGGUAGAAGGGAGGAGAGCUAUGGUCGUGGUUGUGACUACCUUUUCUAUUGAUGCUACUAAAUAUCAUCAUCUCUUACCACAAUUCUUUACCAUUCAACAAGAGGCACGUGCAUUGGGUAUAAGGAGGAUCCUAUUGGACCUGUCGGGUAACACUGGUGGCUCUCUCAGCUCGGCAUUUGCCCUAUUAUGGUAUCUAUUGGAACCAUCUGAGGUAUGCCAACCUCUGUCCAAGCACAUUACUGAGCACUGGAGCCUAUGGUUGGCCUCAUUCGCUGAUCAUUGGGCCCAAUCCAUUGAGGAAGGGUUCCGAGGGGCUUGGAGGGAAGGGGAUGAGUUUAUACGAGGCAGGAUGGAGGAACUACGUUCGAUACUAAGGUAUGCUGCUGCUAUAGACUCGGGGGUAUCUAUCCCUAACCUGGAUGCUGCUCUGAAGAAUGUUGAUGGGAUAGAAAGGUGGCUCUUAGGAAUGGAGCCUGAUGGAGCCAGUCGAAAGUGGGCCUUUAAGGAGAUACUCAAACAUAAGUUAUUCCUAACAGAAAGGAUAUUUCAGGAUGUUACCCGUUCUAAUACUGGAUGGUAUCCAUUUGGUAAUGUAGACUUUGUAGAUCCAGCAACAGGAACACCAUUCGAGCCACCAUUAGAACAUUAUGACCAUCCUGAAACCCAUCAGUGGGGUGGUGUGUCCUCUUCCAACUACUCCCAGAGGGCACCUUGGGCCUUCUGUAUGGACAUAGUACAACGGCAGAUGCCAGCUCUAAAGGAGGAGCAGUAUGAUGAUGAAUACUCCUGGUCCUAUUGGGAGGAGGUAGGGGUCCUUACUGAUGGUAGAUGUGGUUCUGCUUGUACAACUGUUGCUUCUACCCUAUACAUAUCCACUCGUGCAACAACAUACACAUUUGGUGGUAGGAUAGAUAAGCCUAUGGCUUUCGGCUCAUAUGCUGGGGGUAAUGUAAUCUCCUAUGAUCAGUUCUGGCCUAGAUUCUCGAUAGCAUCACACCUGGGCAACUGGGGUACUCUAGGAGGCUCUCAAUGGUCUAAGAAGUAUGCCCACAAGUGGAUGCAUUAUGCAACAAUAUUCCCUACUACUGCUACUGCCUCCUUCACUUUCAAUAUGGCCUUCCAUAAUGGACUAGGGCCACAUUCAUUACCAGUACAAUGGUAUGAGAUACCUAGCCAUCAUCAUGUUGGUAUGUGGGCACGUAGUCUUAAUGAGAGGGUAGCAAUAGAGAAGUAUGUAGUACACAGGGAUUGGGCAUAUGAUAUGCUACAUCCACAAUACCCUACUAUGGGUUACUGUAUCCCGAAUAAGAAGGGUGGAAGUUCUCUUAUGUCGUACCCCAACCCCCUACCUAGUCGGAAGAGAAUACCAGGGGAGUUCACAGACCAAGUAGAGGUUGGUAGUGGUAACUUUUGUACUGUAUAUAAAGCUAGGGAUACGAUUGAUAACAGAGUGGUGGCAUUGAAGGUACUCAAUAAGGAUGAAGUUAGACGUGCUAAGAAGGAGAAGGAUGUCCUUAUGGAGAAGCAUGCCCUAUCACGUCUACAUCACAGGAAUAUUAUUAAAUUAUUAUAUACCUUCGUGGAUGUGGAUAAUUGCUAUAUAGUUACUGAGUAUUGUGAUGGAGGGGAGCUCUGGAAUGUAGUAGCCCAUUGUGGUAUUGGUGAACAACUAUCCAAGUACUACCUCAAACAGAUGGCUGAGGCAUUACUCUAUUGUCAUCAAGCGGGUAUAGUCCAUAGGGAUGUUAAGGCUGAGAAUGCUCUACUCACUGCUGAUCGAAGAUGUAUUAAAUUAUGUGAUUUCGGGACUGCACGUGAUUUAUUGAACCCCCAGGUGGAGGGAGCGGGGAAUAUGUGUUUUAAUAAACAUAUGAAGCACUACGUGGGUACUGCUAACUUCCUCGCCCCCGAAGUGAUAUUAAACAAAGAGAACGACGAGAAAUCCGAUAUAUGGAGUUUUGGUGGAACCAUAUAUCAAGUCAGAUUUGGUAUACCACCAUACGUAGCAGGUUCGGAGUAUCUUAUCUAUCUCCGUAUUAGACAUAAAGAUCUUCAAUUCCCUGUUAAUGAUGGUGUAAUAGCAACCGAGAAUCCCGUCCCCAAACCUUUGAAGAAGUACUCCGUCACCCAUGGUUCCAUAACACCCCAUCAAAGGUGA